AUGUGGGUUUUGGUGCGCACGGUUUUUGUGUUCACCAUGGUAGUGCGGAACGCUUUGGGACAGUGUGUCGGCAACUCGCCGUACCGGACGUUCGACGGUACCUGUAAUAAUCUGCAGAAUCCAUCCUGGGGUGCGGCAAACACACCGUACGGUAGGUUACUGGCGGCAGAGUAUGGAGACGGUGUGUCCACACCACGCCGUUCCCGAACCGGCGCGGAAUUGCCCAGUGCUAGAUUGCUCUCCUUGACGAUGUUCAACGAGCAGAACAUUCUCGAUCCGCAGACCACCCUGGUGAACAUGCAGUUCGGACAGCUGGUGGCGCACGAUAUGGGACUGAGAGCGGGAGGUUCUGAUAGUUUGGAUUGCUGUCAAAAUGGACGAGUUGUCCAGAAUCCUGACAGACGGUGCUACCCAAUCCCGGUACAACCGAACGACCCAGUCCUGUCAGCCGGUCAGAUACAGUGUCUCGAUCUUAUUCGCACCCUUAACACCUGCAACGUCAAUCCUGCCAAUUGUGGUAACGGGCGACAGGCGCAGCAGCUGAACGCUGCCACCUCGUUCCUGGAUUUGUCCGUCGUGUACGGAAACAGUGGACAACAAAAUGCGCAGCUGCGCGCCUUUGUCGGUGGUCGGUUGAAGGUGGACAAUCGCAACGGUACCGAUUGGCCUCCAAGACAUCCACAGCCGAACAGUGCUUGUACGCUGAGCAGUGCCACCGACACGUGCUAUCUGACCGGUGACGAACGCAGCAAUAUUACGCCGGAACUGACAAUCCUCCAAAUAGCGUUCCUGCGAGAACACAACCGUAUCGCACAACAGCUGUGCAAAGUAAGGCCCUUGUGGAACGAUGAGAAGGUGUUCCAAGAGGCGCGGCGCAUCAACAUUGCGCAGUACCAACAGAUCGUUUACUACGAAUGGUUGCCAUAUUUUCUCGGCCCGGGCCAGAUGAGCCAGCGGGGAAUGUUGGUGCGCACGCGUGACUACGUGAAUGAUUACACCCCAUCGGUCAACCCUACGGUGCUGAAUGAGAACGCUAACGGUGCCUUCCGGUAUUUCCAUUCGUCGAUUCUCGGCAGUUUAAGCCUUAUGCAGGAAUCACGCGCAUUUGCCGGUGCGCUCAACAUCAACGAUCAUAUGUUCAAUCCGACGAUUCUGGAGCGAAACGAUGGCUAUCGAAUGCUGACCCGUGGCAUGACCACACAACCGAUGGGACGCAAUGAUCUGAGCUUUGAUCCUGAGAUUAGGCACUUCCUGUUCCGCAGCGGCCGUUUUGGAAGCGAUCUGAAAGCGUUGGACAUCCAAAGGAGCCGAGACCAUGGCAUAGCGGGCUUCAAUGCCUUCCGUCAGUACUGCGGAUUGGGACGGGCGACUCGUUGGGAAGAUUUCGUUGAACUUCGUGGACCGAGAGAUAUUCAACUGCUGAACUCACUGUAUCGCACCGUUGACGACGUGGAUCUAACCGUGGCAGAGUUCUUCGAGCGUCAUCUUCCCGGUACCCAUGCAGGUCCCACGUAUCACUGCAUUCUGAUAGAGCAAUUCCUUCGCACAAGACGAGGCGACCGGUUCUUCUUUGAAAACGGAAAUACCUCAGGAUCUUUCACGCCACCGCAGUUGAACGAAAUACGGAAGGCUAGCAUGGCACGGAUACUGUGCGACAAUUCACCCGGCGUUGCGCAAAUGCAGCCUCGUGCAUUCGAGCAGAUAUCGAACGCUAAUCCUCUGGUACCGUGCCCGGCGCUACCCGCACUAGAGCCCCGUUUAUGGUAA